AUGGAUGUAAGCAGGGCAGAAACCUCUGUGGCAGAAAUGAGUGAAGAAAUAAUCUAUACUUCUGUACGGUUUUCACAGACACCGCCAGUCUGUUCCAAUGAUGUCAGGACAAAUAGAGCUCCCCAGCACUGGUCAUCUGGCCUGUACAGCUUGGCUGUAGGUGUUGGGACACUGAGCGCCCUCAUGGUGAUUGCAGUGGUAGUAUGCAUGGUUUGGAGGAAUGAUCUCUCCUUUCCUGGAUGCCCUGACCAGUGGUUUGGUUACAGAAGCAGCUGUUACUACUUCUCCAAGAUGAAAAAGGAUUGGAAUUCCAGCCAGGCAUCCUGUUCUGCAGAAGGAUCACAUCUCCUGGUGAUCAGUGAUGCCAAGAAAAUGGACCUGUUCUUGGGAAUGCACAUAAAGUACCACUGGAUUGGUCUGAGGAACAGCACAGGCAGUGGCUGGACCUGGGAAGACGGCUCAAAACUCAACAAUACAAAGGUCAUCUCUAACAGCCCCGUGCAGCACUGUGGCGUCCUGGUGAUGGGUGCCCUCCAGGCCUCCAGCUGUGCAGUUGAUUUACCAUGGAUCUGUGAGAAAUCCCCCAAGUAACCUCCUCCUGCACUUUCCCACAGAAUAGUCUUCA